AUGUCCGACCCAGAUCUACCCAGCUCCUCUGCAACCCUCUUCCUCGAACAAGAAGUCUACCGACUCGGCACAGCCCCCGGUUUCCGAUAUCUCCCACCAGGUCCAGUACGCGACUUCAUUUUAUUAAGCUGGGGUCCCCUCAUUUAUCGAACGUCCUAUAAACCCGAAACGAAACAUCUCAUACAUUCCUUUCUGCGCUGUCUAAACGACGCGAUCAGCAGCUCAUUAAGUCAAUUAUCCGGCUCAGAUGAGGAAAUCAAGCUUUUAACUCAAGCAUAUUCAUCGAAAUUAUUCAGUAAUCGCGAUAUAUACGCCGAUGUGGGCGAAGAGGCGGUUCGAAGAGUGUUUCAUGAGUAUAAAGCCUCGUUGGAUAUCCCGGCGACAGAUCUACCGAGUAGACUUCGGGUCUGCUUGAUGGUUGAUGAUGCAGUGCUUUCGAAUUUGAAGGCUAUUCUGAAUUUGAGUGAGAUUUUGGAGAAAAGUACGGAUAUUGAUCGGUGCUGGGUCAAGGUCAUCGAGGAGAAUUUCCCAGAUUCGAGGUUUGGAGAUCGGCCUUAUGUGGCGAAUGUUGAUUUUAGUGAUGAGGUUGAUGGAGUUGGGGAUUACCGAGGAAACUAUCGCGGCUGGACUAUGGUGGCUCUUUCUGCUCUUGUGGAAGUAUUUGAUGGGUUGAGACAGAUGAAGCAUUUAGUGAGAUAUCAUCGGGAGGGUCGGGUGUACCUUGGAGGCGGAAAGUGGAGCAGCAUAUAA